UUCGAAGGCCAACCUCUUGCCGGGACUCCAAACCAGAGCUCUGAAAACAGCCAUGGUAGGUGAAGAAGUAAAGAGGAGAGAACUGGAGACAAGAGUCCUUGAGAAGGUCGGACACGUCAUCACCUCCGUUACCGACGCAAGAUACGCCGACCAAGUCAUCUGCGCCCUCCACUCCCUCGCCGUCCUCCUCUUCCCUAUCGAUUCACAUGCCCUCUCAGGUAGCAUCGAUGAGAAGUACAGAGAUGAGGUACUGGGUGCUGAAGUGCCUUCUACGGACGAAAGGAGUAAUUGGUGGCAGGUGUUCUAUGGAGGUGCUUCAUUUCCGACACUGGCGAGAGUUUUGUUAUAUGAUGUUGUUUCCAAUUGGCUAGCGUGUUUCCCCAUUUCUACGAGGAAACAUGUUUAUGAUGUGUUCUUUGUCCGUGGGCGUGUUACCGAGGUUGUACAGACUUUAGUUUCUUGUCUGCAACAGAAAGGAAAUGGCAGACAUGAGAUUAGUCCUGUCUGUUCAAAUGCUGAGAGGUUACUUGUACUUUGCUUGCUUGAAAAUGACGGAAUAGUACGCAUGGCCAGUGAACUUGUUGGGUUUAGCCACUUUGAAGAUAUUAGUAAUAAACAGAUCCAGCCAGAUAUCUCAAGGAUGGCACAAUUUGUUACAUCCAUUCCUGACAAAGCACAAGUGGGAGCCCCAACGACACUUUCAUCACAUUUGUUCUUCAAGCAGAUUACCAUACAGCUUCUUGCUGGAGCAGAAGAAUGGGAUAGGAACUUAUGUCAUGAAGCAGCCAUGGUCAAUAAAGGUGGCGUGGAUGGUUUUAUCUCAUUUAUUGGGGAAGUAUUUGCUCGCAUUUGUCGUCGAGGGUCUGCAGAUGUGCUGUUAAGUGAAGUGAUCACACAGAUUCUUCAGCAGGUUCGGAACUUCUUAUUGCCCACAAGUGACAGGGCAGUUAGUGAAGCAUUUGAGUCAAGGCCUGGUCUCCGGUUUUGGUUGAACAUGUUGGUGGCAAUUAAAGACCCCUAUGCCAUAGAAAGGAUGUCUGAACAGCUACUGCAUCAGCUAGCUACUCUAAAUGCAAGCGAUGUUGAAGCGUACUGGAUUCUUUGGAUAUUGUUUCAUAGGGUUUGUGAGCAUCAGACAUCAAUCAGGUCCAUGUUUGUUGAAAAAUUUUUACUCCGGAAAGUGUUCCCUGUUUGCUGCCUGAGAUGGAUCCUUCAAUUUUCUGUUCUUGAGUGCCCUCCUGGUACUACUUCGCUUUCAAAAGGUCAUAAUUCACAUGGUCUUUUGCAUACAGUGCAAGGGCUUUUGGCAGUAUGGUCCAGACGAGAAUUUGUGCAAUCAGCACCAAUUGAGCAUCAAGCUUACAUAACCGCAGCUGUAGGGCUUUCCCUGGAGAAGAUGUCGAAAGAAGAUUUGGACAGAACCAAGGAUGCAAUGCAGUCAGUCCUUCAAGGAGUUAGCUGUAGGCUCGAGAGCCCUGUCUAUUUGGUCCGGAAAAUGGCUAGCAGUAUUGCUUUAGUAUUUUCUAAAGUAAUUGACCCAAAGAAUCCUUUGUAUCUUGAUGAUAUCUGCAGCGAGGAGAACAUUGACUGGGAGUUUGGGUUACCAACUCCUGAGAAAGGAAUGCUUGCUUUGUCCCAUAGCACAGAAAAGGGUAAUGAAGACAAAGGGCACUAUAUGAUGAUAUCUGAUAAGAAAUUUAACAAUACGGCUGGUGUGGACAAGGAUUUGAAGGGUAAAAAUAAGAACCUGUCUGAAUUUAAGUUGAUUGAUCCAGAUGAGAUUAUUGAUCUGACAACAUUGAAUACUGAGUCUGUUUCUGAUGACGAAUAUGAUGAGGAUGCCAGUGAGACUUCUGAAACCUCGAGUGACUCUUCUUUACAACCGUAUGACUUAUCAGAUGAUGACGCAGAUUUGAAAAGAAAAUUCUCGCAGUUGGUUGAUGUUGUUGGAGCAAUAAGAAAAUCCGAUGAUGCAGAUGGUGUUGAAAGAGCCCUUUAUGUUGCUGAAAAGCUUGUUCGAGCCUCCCCAGAUGAACUUAGAUAUGUAGCAGGUGAUUUGGUCAGAACCCUCGUGCAGGAACUUACUGAUGCAAGAUCCGUUAAACCAAAAACUCUGCCAAGGGCUCUCAUUUCAACUAUUUCGGAAACUCAACCGUGGUUUAUGCCUAGUACUACAGGGCCUCCUGGGGCAGGUUCCUGGAAAGAGGUUUCAGGAUCAGGAACUCCGUUGAACUGGUCUUACUCUUAUGAAAGAGAACUUCCAACUAAACCAAGUCAGGUCAAUAUAGGGAAGACACGCCGAUGGAGCAUCCGAUCAGCAAACAUACAGGAAAAUCAGCUGGAAUGGUCUCAGAAUCAGUUUCCCCAGUAUGCUGCAGCAUUUAUGCUUCCAGCCAUGCAGGGAUUUGAUAAGAAAAGGCACGGGGUUGACUUGCUUGGUAGGGACUUUAUUGUACUGGGGAAACUUAUUUAUAUGCUUGGUGUUUGUAUAAGAUGUGCAUCCAUGCAUCCAGAAGCAUCUGCUUUGGUAUCCCCCCUUCUGGAUAUGUUAAGCUCCAGGGAGAUUUCCCAUCACGUCGAAGCAUAUGUUAGAAGAUCUGUUCUUUUUGCAGCUUCUUGCAUACUAGUGGCCCUUCAUCCCUCUUAUAUAGCAUCUGCCCUGGUUGAAGGAAAAUUUGAAAUUUCAAAAGGACUGGAGUGGAUUCGCAUGUGGGCCCUCCAUGUCGCAGAAUCAGACACGGAUAGAGAGUGCUACACAAUGGCUAUGACAUGUCUCCAACUCCAUGCUGAGAUGGCCCUGCAAGCUUCUCGAGCAAUAGAAUCAGCAGAAAGCGCAUCCAAGUUUAAGAGUGUUGCUCUCCCUUCAAAUCUUCCAAAGGGUACAAUCAAAAUCCCGCACUCAAUUGUGGAAUAUUGAAUUUGGUAGAUCCUACUUCUGGUAAGCCUGUUGUACAGUCCAAUGCAUUCAUAGUAGCAUGCCACUUCCACACACCUGCAAAUUGAGCCCCAAUGAUGAUAUCAAUUGUGAAGUCCAGCUUUACCAUACAAAAAAAAGUGGUAAGAAGGGUUAUUGUACAGGGGAGCAGUGGUGCAGUUAUGUUUGUUUUGAAGCUUUUGAAGAACAUUGAAUUUGUAUUUUUUAUCAGUCUCUCUGUUCUUCAGUAAAUAUUUUCAUUAACUUAAAGGUAUUGAAGUCUCUAAUCCAAGCAUGCUACAUUUUCUGUGCAUUUGGAUGUAGUAGCUUCGGAAUGCCUGUAAUCCAAACCUUAAAGCUCUGUCCUAUUAAAAGAUAGAAACAGUUUUUGGUUGUUCACUAGCAUGGCAUUAUAGUUAAUUCAGUGAUCCAACAAGGGAUUAGAGAGAGUUCAGUUUGUCUCGAGUUUGAGUACACUGGUCACAUAAAAUCAAUGUGUAUGAUUUGUGGGUAAUUAUAUAUGUUCGGAGUUUGCAUUGCAAUUAGAGGCUGUGUAAAUGAUUUUUCAUUUUGAAAAAUAUCCUUGUUUAAUGGUUGUACUGUA